AGUUCUCAUAGCACACUCAGUUCAAGGUGCAGCAGAACACCUGGAACACACCACUGAUCCCUCCCCACGUCCUUGCUUUAUUUCGUUCUUUUCCUGGUUGUGUCAUCCACGUCAGUACUCCCCUACACAAUUCAUUUUCACACCGGGACCAAGCCUAGAGGUCAGUGCUGUGAAUAAGAGGUAGAAAAACAAGCAUGCAUUCAAGUCUGUCCUGGUAAACUUCCCUGAGAACUGUAAAAGCAACAAGACCCAGACUUUGGGACACAGACUGCAGCCCCAUGCUCUUAGAGACCACAGCAACUGCAGAAAGAGCAAGUACAUCAGUGAGAACAAUGUGGGUGUUGCAAAGCUGAAAAACCAGAACUAUUAUCGGUAAAGAAGGGCAGCUAGCAGGAAGCUGGUGAUUAAAGGGCAAAGAUCCAUUCAUGGAGCUCAUGGAAGGGAAGAAGAUCUCAUGGAAGAAACUCCUCACCUUUUUCCUCUUCAUCUUCAUAUUCAGCUCCUGCCUCUUUGUUUCUCUUCGUCAGUUCAGGACUCCCAAGCCAGAAGAUCACAGUUCCCAUCUCUCUACUCAAAUGCCUCUUGCUGAAAAUACCAGCACCCCACCGAAGAGUGAGCACAGGCUGACCAUCCUGCUGUGGAGUUGGCCCUUUGGGCAACACUUUAAUUUCAUAAACUGCUCAGAGUUAUAUGGCACACCAGACUGUUACUUCACUGUCAACCGCAGCUGGUCCCAAAAGGCAGAUGCUGUGAUUAUGCAUCACAGGGAUGUGUGUUGGGACACAAGAAGACUGGCCCAGAUCCCCAGACUCCCAUCCCAGCGCUGGAUCUGGUUCAACUUGGAGUCUCCAAGUAACUCUCCAAACUUAGGUGCUAUGGACAACCUCUUCAACCUGACUAUGUCAUACCGAAGAGAUUCAGACAUCUUCAGCCCCUAUGGGGACCUGCAGCUCCUCAGACAGCCCCAGCCCUUCAACAUCCCAUCCAAGACCAAGAUGGUAGCUUGGGUAGUGAGCAAUUGGCAAGAAGGCUCCCACCGGGUAAAGUACUACCAGGAGCUGAAGAAAUACAUCACUGUGGAUGUCUAUGGGCAGCAUCACUUGCCCCUGCCCGGCAACAAGCUUCUUCCCACUGUGUCCCAGUACAAUUUCUACUUGGCCUUUGAGAACUCACAGCAUGAAGACUACAUCACUGAGAAGCUCUGGCGGAACGCUUUGUCCUCUGGCACUGUUCCUGUUGUACUAGGGCCGCCCCGAAAAAACUACGAGCACUUCUUGCCCCCUGACUCCUUCAUCCACGUCAAUGACUUUCCCAGCGCCAGUGACCUGGCACGGUACCUGUGGGAGCUGAGCAGGGACACUGAGCGAUACCAGCGCUACUUUCAGUGGCGCAAGUGGCUGAAGCCUGUGGCGGUGCCUGGCUGGGCCCAGCAGGUCUGCAGAGCCUGUCACUUCCUGCAGACAACAGAGACCAGAUACAGGGUUGUGCCCGAUCUGUCUGAGUGGUUCGUGUAACUGCUGUUUGCUCAGCUCUCUGCUCUGUUGUGAUCAUUUUGUCCUUACUGGGGUUGCAAUUCUAUGGGUGAAAUAGCAAUAUAUAGAUUAUAAACCUGUUUCGAGGACUUUGUACUGUGCAAAAGUGCCACUGAAAGUGGCAGCCACAUUGUGUGGCAUUGUAUGACUGCUGCAGGAUGCCCAGGUCCUGACCCUGCUUUGUGUGACCCUCCCUGACUGCCAGGUGCUGCAUCAGGAUGCUCAACAGGCUGGAAAAUACUGAUUUCAUUUUACAAGUCUGGGGUCUUUUUGGACAGCUUAGUAAGUCAGCGUGGUUUUGAGGAAGGGUCUGACAGAAGCAGAGUGGUGUAGGUGAGGUGCUGAGGAUGCCCCUGAAAGCACCGUGAGGUUUGAGCACCCACAGCAUCCUGUGGCAAGGAGAUGCUCAGCAGGGCCAUGUGAUGUGCUGCCUCCUCCUGUGUGCCUGGACAUAGCAACGUCUCACAGCAGCUGAUGCCUCUAGGCCAUGUGUUUCUGUGUUUGACCUCUAUCAAGCUUCCUGCUGCUGUUCAGGUCAUACCACUGUAAACUUUGCUUUCCAAGUUGGGGAGCCCCAUUUUUUGGAGAUGGGGGACCCAGUUUUGCCUUCCCAGCCUCCAGGCAUUCAGUUUGUUUUCUUGGCUGCUGCUGAGCCCAGAGAUGAGGUUUUCAAAGGUCUGUCCUAGCCCCAAGAUAUUUCCAUGAGGAAAGUCAGCUCAAAGUCCAUCUACAUACAAUUGUUUUCUCAAUCAGCAGCAUUUAGUAAAGAUUUCCAAUGAAUUCCCUCUACAUUUCUUCGUGAAGUCAUUCUGUAGCAGAUGGUCCAUCCACAAGACCUUACCUUUAGGAUUGAGAGUCCCUUAUUUUCAUUAGUGGCCUUUUCCACCACCACCACCACCUUUUUUUUUUUUUUUCUAUUUGCAGAUUGGUUGAAUAUAUUGGUCAUCAUAAACCUAAGAGUAAAUCCUUCACUCUGAAAUCUGAACUUUUAUCCCUUCCCACUGUUAGUGUCUUGAAGAACCUUUGCUAGAAUUUAGUGAACCCCUUCGAAAAUUCAAGUAGCGAAAUGUACCAUAUCUUCUUUAGCCAUGGACUUGCCAACUGCUUAAAAGAACAGUAAUAUAUUUGUCACAUCAAUAAAGAUUGAUUAAUUUUUACUGCCAAA